UAUGAAAGUGGUCUAUGGGUUGAACUCUAUUUUCUGGAGAAUACACUUCAAGCAAAUUGCUAUGAAGAAUUUAUAAACCGCUGACUACAAACGUGAAAGCUGAGAUAUUUUGAGCAACUCAUUCCCAGACCGACGCAGACUCAUAAUCCCCGUGUCGUCCCCCGUGGUUUAAAUGGCGGUUCGAACAUGUAUAUUUUUACUCUUUUUCUCUGCUUAUUUCAAUAUUUACUGCCGUGUAUCAGCACAUAAAAUUGUAAAAGUUGCAAACUACAACAUUUGGAAUGUUAUGUUCCAGUGGGAAACAAGAAAAUACUACAUUGCGGAUAUGAUAAAUAAAGUUAACCCAGAUGUAAUUGGUUUCCAAGAAGUGCGUGCUGAUGCAAAAGAUGACAGAAACCAGUUAACUGAACUUCAAGAGUUAAUUCCACACUACAAACAUUUAGUUUAUCACCCUGUUGCCAUGGUUACACCUCCAGCUGGUCGACAAGACCCACCAGGGUGGGAACAGGAAGGCCUGGGACUGCUCAGUAAACAUCCCAUAAUAUUAAGUCAUGUUGUUAACUUAACAAUUGGGAAAGGUGGUGUGGAUCGCAACAAGCGAGCUGUACUUCACGUCCAAGUUGAUAUUGAUGGAGAAGAACUGGACAUAACAGUGCUUCACUUAUCUUAUGACAAAACUCAGCAGUGCCAAAAUGCAGUGGAUGUCAUUAACUAUAUUGCAUCCAUGGGGAGUGAGCGCUCUGUUUUACUGGGUGACUUUAAUGCAUACGAUGAUUUCCAUUGGCCUGUAAAUGGAAUAAUGAAAGGGUCUUUUGACAAGGAAGGCCCUUGCCAUGCAUCCAGUUAUUUUGACCCACAAGGAUCAAACCAAGGAUAUGGCUUUGUAGAUGCCUGGGUGACAGCAAAUGGGAACAGCAAGGGAUACACCUUCAGCAAUAUGCCAGAACCUGGACUCGUUAGUCGGCCAGACAGAAUACUCGUUUCUGUAACUGGACUUCAAGUUGUGUCUGCUGAGAUUCAUGGAGAUGGAAAAGUUUACCAACAAAAGUACAGCUUGCAAAAUAAAUGGCAAAGGCUCAAGAAAGUAUUCCUCAUGGCCAAAGAAACUGCAAAUGGUCCACAUUUCAAGUACACUUGUCAUCAAGAUUGUGGCCCUCAUGGAUCAUGUCGCUGCGGUGUCUGUGUCAAAGGAGGAGAUAAAAAUAACUGCGAGUUGCCUUUCUGCUACGAAUGCGAUGCUGAACACUUCAACAAUUUUUUAUUACUUUUUGUGCUUUAUUCCACAGCUGUGGUAUUUAUCUUGUACAUUCUCAUAAAAAUACUGAUACAAAGAUGUUUCGCAACGAAAAGAAGAGUUCACUCCAGGGUUUUGUUUUUGUUCUCUAAUAGAACACUGGGAAUAGCUGUUGUUUGUUUGAUGAUUGCUCUUUACUUUAUCACAAUGUCUUUACUAAGAGACACCUUGGAAACCGUAAAUGGAAGAAUUGUCGAAGAGAUGUUCCCUUCAGAUCAUAUGAUGGUCACCGCAAAGUUGAAGUUUACAUACAGAUAGCACAAACUUAUUAUCAAAAUAAGUAACUCUGGGACUUAAGUGUUCUAAUUCAGAUAAAAGACUCAGGAAAAAAGUUUUAAGAUGG